AUGUAUGAUUUAAUUUCGAACAACCAGAGAAAAAGCGCUAGCACGCGUCUUGAUCAUCCGCCUUCAGCUCCAGCAACGAAAAGUCUAAUUGGGAACUCUCUACCUAAAUUACGAACAAAUCCGAGAGUGGGACCACCAGGAGGGUCAACUUCAGCAAGAAACUCUCUACUUUUACCUUUUUCAGAAGUUACAGCUACAAUUUCGAAUAAUAACGAAGAAGAUUCAAUGCCAUUAUCACCAGCAGCUACAUCUCAUCUCGUUGAAAUUCUACAAUACUGCAAAACAAUUAUAGAUUUUAAUAACCCACAAACUAUGAAUAGUAGAUGCAAAAAAGCAGAUUAUUUAACUCGUUUAUUUAAUAGUGUUAAUAAUGUUCAUGUUUUUAGAAAUUUAACAGAUGAUAUUAGAGCUGAAAUCUUCGAAAUGAUAAAAAUCAAUCUAAUUCGUGAAAUACCACCUAUUCCACUCACAAUUAUUUACGCAGAUUCAAGAGUUCCUCUAAAUACAAACAGCUGGCUUCAUCUUUCGUUAAUACAUAGAAUAUUAUUCUCAUUUGUUUCUAAUUCAGAAGUUUCUCAGCUACAAAAUUUGUUGACAAAGGAAUUUCUCACAAAUUUUGUAGCUUUAUUAGAAAGUCCUGAUCCAAAAGAGACUGCUGCUGUAGAAACAUUUGUAUUAUUAGUAUUUGACUCAGUUUCUGGUUAUAGACAAAUUUUAUUUCAAAUAAUUCUUCGCCAGAUUCUUAAAUACCAAGAAAACUUCGCUCUAUACUCAUGCGUUGCUCCAUGCCUACGAUUUUUACUCCAUUUCCUUAAAGCCCAGCCUCUUCCUUUGAAACCUACAUUUUUCCAGAUGUAUAAGACCAUAAUCUUCCCACUAAUGUCAUCCCAGCUCUCCUCAGAGUUCUUCUCGCCCUUUAACCAGCUCGCGGAGUUCUUUGUCCAGCAAGAUCCGACAAUUUCUACUUGGACAUUGCAAGAAAUGGUCAAGCACUGGCCGAAAACAGAUACGAACAAGGAGUGCUCGUUCAUCAGCCAUUUUACUUACAUCGCGCCUUAUAUUCCUCCAAAUGACAUUUUGGAAAGUGGAAAAAUCAUAUUUUCUAUUCUGAAGCAGUCCUUGGAGUCCUUGAAUUUUAAGACAAACGUGGCCGCUUUAAACGUUAUUUCGAAUAGAAAUUUCAUUAUUGUUUUUUCUGCUUUUGCUUCUCAAUUAAUUCCACUUAUAAUGAACGGUGUGAACAAGUGCAGUCAGCACUGGAACGUUGCUGUCCAGAAAUCUGCAAUUGACGCUGUAAGAGUUUUAGUAUCUGUUCUUUCUGACAUCGAAAAGGGAAUUGACCUGUCUCUGUUGGAGAAGGAGGCCCAGGAGAAGGAGACUGUCCUGAUUAGUGGCUGGAAUUUCGUUUUAGAUGAGGCAAGUAAGAAUGAUUCGACACUUGAUGUCGAAACUAUCAAAGAGAAUAUAAGCAAGCUCAUAGUAUAA